UUAAGCUGCUUGUAUUAUGAUUUAUAUUUUAUAAACUGGCGCAGAGGGAAGCCUCAGUAUACCUGCAGAAAACAACUCAUAGCCUAUGUAUGGGGUGGAGUUCUGUGCGCUCAUCUCGUCUGGAGUAGACGUACGUGCCACAUUACGCACAAGGAGUUCGCCAAGUAGGCUGUGCUCACGCUGCUUGUAGCCUACUGGGGAUUUUUUUUCUUCAGAUUUUUAGUUCCUAACGUUUUUUGUCAACAACUUAAUUUUAAUCAUUUUCUUUGUGGGAAAUUUGAUGAACGAACAUUUUGUGUAGGCCUACGUGUGCCUAAUGCGGUUGUAUACGCUACAGACCUUGUUGACAGACACAGGAGCAGAUGAUUCUUCAGAGUGAGACCGGAAACGUUUCUGGACCUUUGGGGAAAGCCAGACCCUCCAUGAGAUGCCCACAAGUGGCACCAAGUCUCAGCCAGUAACCAUGGAUUUCCACGUAAAGGCCAAUCCUCAUCUCCAAUUCGAGGUCAACGGAGGUCAUGAUGGUGGCCGUAGAAAGUCUCAGAGCCGGACCAGGAGUAAGGACCAGGCACUGCAGUUCUUGAGCCAGGAGGAGCAGGAGUGCAUCCUGUUCUUUGAGGAGACCAUUGACUCUCUGGAGGAGGAGUUUGAGGAGGGGGAGGCCCACAAGAGGCAAGAGGAGGCAGGUAGCCCCGUGGACGUGUGUGAUGGACCCCCCACCUUAGCAUCCACCCCCAGGUCCCACCCCAGCACCUUGCCCCCAUUCAGCCGCGACACCAUGGACUCCAACCCGAAAGACCAGGACAUUAUAGACCUGGUUCGGCCAGAACCAGGGCCAGCCCAGGCCAAAGAGAAGAUGUUCAACCCAGCUAUGCCAGAUUUCCAGAGCAUGGCUGUGAAUCCUCAGAGCCAUAUUGAGAUGAAGCCACGACGUGAGCCAAUAAACAACUUCCCUGCAGAGUACAACCCUCCCCUGCCCAGCGGCAGCCAAUCAGGGUCUGCAGAUAACUAUGGCCACUCCCAGUACCACCCUGUGGGCUCCAUCCCCACCCCUGUCCUUAUUGCUCAGAAGAUCGCAGAGAAUCAAGGAGGCGGAGCCACUAAUAUUGACCCCUCCCUUCUCCGUCGUAGAAGUCUGGACUCCGAGAGAAUGCCCACCUCCCCCGACCACAAUGUCAAACAUGGUCCGCCCACAUCCACCAAGCCCAGCCGCUUUCCUGGCAACAUUAGCAUGAUAAUGGGCAGCAAAGAGCACCAUGGCCAAUCACUGACCAGCGUGAACCUCCAGGACAGGAGGGCUCAGAUGCUGGCUAACCUAUCAGGGACGGCGCACCCUCUGGAGAUGGAGCAGCCCCAUUUGACGUCCCAGCUGACUGCCCGCAAUGUUCCCACCCGCAGUGUCUCCUUCAGGGACCCCACCCCAGAUAAGUCCAGGAUGGAGGCACUGUCCAAACUGGGCCUGACCCGAAACAGAGCUAUGUCUGGGGACCGAACCAAAGUCCCUGUCCUCACCUCCACCCCUUCGCCUUCCCCAGCACCUGCAAACCCCUCGCCUCCUGCAACAGUCAGCUCUGAGCCAGUCCACCAUGAGCCCAAGUCUGUCUCCCCUCCAUCUGAAAUCUCCUCGCUGGACUUUAACAGUUACGGUGGGAAAAGUAUUGUGGUCCACCCUUCUACAGCCCCUAGGAGUGAUGUUACUGUGUCCAACAGCCAUGAUACUAAGAUCCAGCCUGCGGUGCUGGCCACACCUAGUGACUUCAACAGCUAUGGUGGGAAGAGCAAGGUCAUGACCCCUGCCCCUGGUCCUGAGGUCAGGAGUGACCUCCCAGAUAUCCUGAGAUCCCACAAAGCUGUGCUAGCCCCAGCUCCAGCCCUAGCCCCAGGCCCAGCCAAGCCAGAGGCCCUGCCUUAUGAGCUCAACAGCUAUGGGGGCAAGAGUAGAACCAUGACACCAUCCUCAGCAGCACACUCCACCCCAGAUGUGUCCACACACUGCCCAGUAAAGACCUCCAGAGCCCCAGCCCCUUCCCCGGCCCCCAGGCCUACCCGCAGCCAAGCUCCCCCUAGCCCUCAGAGAAAGAUGUCGCUUCCCUCCUCUCCAGAGCCCCGGAGGAGGUCCAUCUCCAAGCCCCCCUCGUUCCGUUCCCAAGGGAUCACCGUGCAGUUCUCUGGACGGGGAGCGACGGAUGAGUCACGGAGGGAAGCCCUCCGGAAACUAGGACUGCUGAAGGAAACUUCCUAACUCUGGGCCGUCAACUUCAUGUUCCCCUUCUUGGAGUCCCACUGUUUGAUGGACUGGGGUUUCUGUCUUGUGACACGUGGCAUGAGACCUACUUUAUCCAUAGAGUGAAUGAAACAGGAUAUUGUAUGUACUGUAACCUCAACAGCUGUCUUUCAGUUCCUGGCCAAUGGGAAUGCUGACAAUCAAGUUUAACAGUCUCACAUGGUGCGGUUGCAGACACAUGCACACACACACACACAGAUCAAACACUAAAGCUUACACAAAUCACUCUAUUAACCCUGUCUUAGCUGUCAUACAGGUCUUUAUUGUUCUCGAACAUUUACUUUUCCUCUUAUUCAUAACACACUGAAUGCCUCUAAGAUCAUUUGAACCAAACUGACUCUUGAUGGUGGAGCAUACAAGUUCAACAAGAAAUGGAGGAACCACCUAAAUGUGUUGGCACAUUUGGCAAGAACAUAUUAUCACCUGGAUGUCUAGGAAUGCUUACAGUACUCUCACUCUCCAAAGAAAGCAUGAUAUGAUGAGGUUUGCUCUGUAUGAAAGUGACAUCAUGUUGAGCAGUUGAUGUUGGUAAUGUCUUAGCCCUUAUUUGUCUCCUAAUAACUGAUGGCCAUGUUUUCAUUAGUUUGUUUACUGACUUGGGCAGUUUUCCGCUAUUCAACAUUUAAGAACACGAGCAAGAAUGGACUUUCAAGCACUUUCCUAGUGUUUGAAGGUUUCCUAUAACAUUCAGGACAGUAUAUGAUAACUAUAUCUGUGGUGAAUAGAUCCAAGUAAUUUACUCACACAUAUCAUACUUCCUGUGCUGUAAUUGACAGUUUCAGAGACAGGUAAUCAGUAAUAAUUAUGAUGAUUUUAUCAUGUUGCAAUUAUGCUUUUGGUAUACCUAAUACAUGUCAUAUGAGGUAAUCCUAUUGUGUUGGGUUAUAUAUAGGGGAUAAAGAAAUGUUGGACAUUUUUACGGAAUUGUAUUGAUUAACUCUGAUGUGACAGUAUGUCACUGAGAAGACACUAGACUUGAGUUGCUUUGAGCAGUGAAGGACAUGACUGUGGUAGCUACCCAGUUGGCUGAGGGGUAUUUACAUUUAGUCAUUUAGCAGACGCUCUUAUCCAGACCGACUUACAGUAAGUACAGGGACAUUCCCCCCGAGGCAAGUAGUGAAGUGCCUUGCCCAAGGACAAAACGUAAUUUGGCAUGGCUGGGAAUCAAACUGACAACCUUCAGAUUACUAGCCCGACUCCCUCACCGCUCAGCCACCUGACUCCUAUUUUUAUUCCUUCAUGCCUCCCACACCGAACCAGACCAUGAAAUGUGGGCUGACUUUUACUACUUAGUUGUUGGGAAAGAAAAAUAAUAUUCUUUAGCCAUAAAAUCCAUUAAUACUUAGAGAAUAAUACGUGCUUGUUGUUUUGCUGCUUUGUUGUUGAUGAGUAGGCUGUUCCAACAUGUUUAAUGUAAUCAAAAUCAAUGUUCCCCUGUGUGUGUCUGUGUGUGUGUGAGUGUGUGUGUGUGUGUGUGUGUGGGUGUGGGUGUGUGUGUGUGUGUGUGUGUUAGAGCCUCUGUGUGUUUGUCUGCGUGCAUGUGUAGGUAUGAAAGAGGCAGAAAGAUAGAUGUAUGGUUUUGUUGAUGUAUAUGGGAGAGAAAGAUGUCCAUUUCCAUGCUUUCUGUAUUUCUCAUAAGACUCCGGUUUUUGUAGUUAAUCUACAGUCAUUUUGAAGUAUCCUGAGUAGCGAAGAGUUACAAGGACGUUUGUAUGUUUUAUUGUUUUCUAGACUCCGGUUUUGUAGUGUUAUCUACAAUUUCUAUCGAAGGAUCCGAUGUAGCACAUUGUGCUACAUAAAUUGUUUUUGCACACACACAAAAACACAAACACACACACAGGGGAGGUGCAGGGGACAGUUUGCAGGCUCUGAAAAUUCAAGAUGCAUAGGCUACGAGUCCAAAUGAACAGUUCUAUAUUGUCUUUUGAGUGCUUUCUCCUCUAAUGUUGCUGCUAUCAUGGUAGACGCAACAUCUUUCCUUUCUAUACUUCUUUCUUAACUCUGAAAUGUCAGUUGUUUUGUUCAGUAUGAUAUGCACACAUGCACACUUAAUGCACAUUUGUAACUAAAUAAAGAGACUAAUAUACAUAUUUGA